GGCAGCCCCCGCGCCGUGACUCGGCUCGGGCGACGGCGGCGCUGCCCGGGAUGGAGUGAGGGGGCGAGUGGAGGAGAGAGCGCGGCCCGCCGAGCUUCGGUCCCCCCCCCCUCCCCCUGGCUUUCUCUGGCUCGGGCCUAUGCGGCCCCCCAGAGACCAUGGGAUCCAGGAUCAAACAAAAUCCGGAAACUACCUUUGAAGUGUAUGCAGAAGUAACUUAUUCAGGCGUCAGCUGCAUUGGGAAAGAUCCUGAGGUGCGGAGGCAAUUCCCAGAAGACUACAGUGACCAGGAAGUUCUACAGACUUUGACCAAGUUUUGUUUCCCCUUCUAUGUGGACAGCCAUGCAGUUAGCCAAGUUGGACAGAACUUUACAUUUGUCCUUACAGACAUUGACAGCAAACAGAGGUUUGGGUUCUGUCGCUUAUCUUCUGGGGCCAAAAGCUGCUUCUGUAUCUUGAGUUACCUACCAUGGUUUGAAGUCUUUUAUAAGCUGCUCAAUGUCUUGGCAGAUUAUUCAGCAAAAGGACAGGAUAACCAAAGGAGUGAGCUUCUGGAAACAUUUCAUAAACUUAGCAUCCCUGAGCCAAAAACCCCUGUUCAGCUUGGAUUGCACUCUUACUUUACUGUGCCUGACAUCAGAGAGCUUCCUAGUAUACCUGAAAAUAGAAAUCUGACAGAGUAUUUUGUAGCAGUUGAUGUCAACAACAUGCUGCAUCUCUAUGCCAGUAUGCUGUAUGAACGCCGCAUCCUCAUUUGUUGUAGUAAGCUCAGCACUUUAACUGCUUGCAUUCAUGGAUCUGCAGCUAUGCUCUACCCAAUGUUCUGGCAACACGUUUACAUUCCUGUUCUGCCCCCACAUCUCUUGGACUACUGUUGCGCCCCAAUGCCCUACCUCAUUGGAAUUCAUUUAAGUUUGAUGGAGAAAGUGAGAAACAUGGCCCUGGAAGAUGUAGUGAUUCUUAAUGUAGACACCAACACACUGGAAACCCCUUUUGAUGACCUUCAGAGCCUACCUAAUGACGUGGUUUCUGCUCUGAAGAACAGAUUGAAGAAAGUUUCUACAACCACUGGAGAUGGUGUUGCCAGAGCUUUUCUAAAGGCGCAGGCGUCUUUCUUUGGGAGCUACAGGAACGCACUGAAAAUUGAACCCGGUGAACCCAUCACUUUUUGUGAAGAAACAUUUGUGUCCCAUCGCUCUGCUGUCAUGAGGCAGUUCCUUCAGAAUGCCAUUCAGCUCCAGCUCUUUAAGCAGUUCAUCGAUGGCCGCCUGGAUCUUCUUAACUCUGGAGAGGGCUUCAAUGAUGCUUUUGAAGAAGAGAUAAAUAUGGGAGAGUAUGCAGGUAGUGACAAAUUGUACCUCCAGUGGCUCUCUACAGUAAGGAAAGGAAGUGGAGCCAUUUUAAACACAGUAAAGACCAAAGCUAACCCUGCCAUGAAGACUGUCUAUAAGUUUGCAAAAGAUCAUGCAAAAAUGGGAAUAAAAGAAGUGAAAAACCGCUUGAAGCAAAAGGACAUAGCUGAGAAUGGGUGUUCAGCAGUACCAGAGCAGUCUCUACCAAGACCAGCACCUUCUCCAUUGGUUGAAAAGAAGGACACAAAAUUAAGAGAGGACAGAAGACCAAUCACAGUACAUUUUGGUCAGUUUUGUGACCUACUAAGCUCAGAGGACACAUUGACUGGUCACUUGAACUGCUGCAGCUGUGUGUCCUGGUGUGUGCAGCAGCAAAGACUCCGUCCGCCUCGGCCACCGCCUCCAAAGAUACAGCGUUCAACUAGGCCCGUUCGUCCUCCAAGACCUCAUGUCGUUAAGAGACCCAAGAGCAACAUUGCUGUGGAAGGACGAAGGACAUCCAUUUCUAGUCCAGAACACCUUGUAAAGCCAAUGCGACACUAUACAGUCUUCCUCUCUGAGGACUCUUCUGAUGAUGAAUUUCAGCAGGAAGAGGAUCCUGUAUCUGGCUUCUCUGAAAACUUUUUCUUCUCUGCUCCUUUUGAAUGGCCUCAGCCAUACCGGGCUCUGAAAGAAUCUGAUAGUGCUGAUGGGGAAGAAGCUGUCAGUCCAGAAAAGGCAAAAAAGCCUCUGCCUCCAAGCCCUCUCAUCUCGAGCAACACCACCGAAAUCAACCUCCUUGAAGACAUUUUCCCCAGCCUAGGAGUAGAAACACAGCCUCAGCCUCUCAGCCAGGCUAAGAGCCUAGAAGAUCUGCGGACUCCAAAAGAAGAGGAAGAUCAGCGAUGCACAUUUGAUUACCAGAGAAUGGAUCUUGCCGGGUCUGAGAGGAACAGGAUUGUGCCACCAGUGAAGCUGUCUCACCCUUACAACAAGCUGUGGAAUAUGGGUCAUGAUGACAUGGCUAUUCCUACCAAGUACUCCCAAAGCUCACCUGAAAGGCCCCUGACUGCACUUGGUAAUGCACCACCAAUCACAAGGAGACCCCGGAGCAGAGACAGCAUUCUGGCUCCUGCAGAAAAGGAUGACUCAAAUCCUACCGCUCAAGGGAAUAUCACCAUUCCUAGGCCACAGGGAAGAAAGACUCCUGAACUGGGGAUAGUUCCUCCACCGCCAGCACCCAGGGCUUCCAAGCAUCAGACUCCAACUGGGCCAACAGAAAUUCCCAGUACUCACACUACAGGAUGUAGCCAGUUGGUUUCAGAUCUUAUCCCAGAGCCCUUAGGAGUUGCUAGGUUGUCCUUAGAACCUGAAGUCCAGCAGUCUGUAAAUUAUUCCUCUUGUUCAUCUCAGCUUUUGUCCGGUGCUACCAGCACUGCAGAGAUGCUCCAGCCUGUCAAGGUGAAGACAGAUAAUACAGGUAAUGAAAGUGACUACCUUCUGAAUCUGCUGGAUCCAUUAAAAACAGCCAGCUGGCAAAGCAGUGCUCCCCAGCAAGGUUCCUGCAGCCUGCAGAGUUCAGCCACCCCACUUUCAGGAGCUGGCUUUGCAUCAGUGGCAAGUGACUUUAUGCCUCCUCCAGCUGCACCAUUUGUCCAGUCACUCAGUUAUCCUUCUCCAGCAUUGCCACCUUUUUUACAGGCAUCUCCUAAUCCAUUUACACAAACGGUGCCAGGACCCCAGUCAGUGUCUCUUGUUAGGCCCCCAAGGGGCUCUUUUACCCCCACCCUAGGUCAUGCUUAUAGUUCUAGUUUCAUAACUCCUAAUUCUAGUUUCUAUCCACCACACAGACCUCAGCCAAACAUUUCAACAUUGUCCAUGCCUAACUUGUUCAGCCAGGCUCCAGCAAUGUCUCCAGCUAGCUCCUUACUGCUGCAGAGCCCUUCUCCAGUGAGCUCUCUACAGCCAGCAUGUUUAAGUGGCCCUUCUAAAACCAGAACGUUACAGGUGGGCAAGUCCACUUCCAAGGUAGAUACCAAACAAGCACUAGCUCUUCUGUCUAAUGAACCCCCUUUGAUCCCUUCCAGGCCAGCUAAGGGCUUAGAGUCAGUGUUACUGUCCUCAAAAUCUGAGGAGACAAAAGAUCCAUUUGAAGAUUUGUUAAAAAAGACCAAGCAAGACGUGUCAUCCACACCAGGUAAGGUUGAACAGCUCAGAAGGCAAUGGGAAACCUUUGAGUAAUGUUCGCAGUGGCCUUUUGAUGUCCCUUUGGAAUUGGCAGAGGGUGUUUUUGUGGAGUUUUUUUGUUUGUUUGUUUUGUUUUUGAGCCAGCAUACAACCAAGCAUUUCUUUUAUGGCUGCAGGACCAUUGCCAUGCUGCAAUUCACACAACUGCUUUUUGCCCACAAUUUGUUUUGCUGGGGAGUUCCCAUGUUGUCCUGAUCCCUGCAACUGUUCCCUCACUUUCUGCCACUAAACACUCUGCCACUAAGUGACUCUUGCACUGAUCAAAGCAUGAGGGUGGUUGGGUUUGGGUUUGAUUUAGCUUGGUUUUCCACUCAUAGCUUUUCAGACAAUACUACUGAAGCAGAAUUUACUCCAUGUAUUUUCAGACCUUAGAGCAGCCAGCAGCAUGACACAGCUCACCACAAUAGUGUUUUCUUUCUGCCUGUCUGAAUGGUGUUCAGCUCAGUUUUUCCUGUGUUGCAUACAUAACUAUAAUAUUUUGCUUUCCCGUGUGGAGUGCAGCAAACAAUCCCAGACUUCCAGGCUGUACUGAGUUAAUAAUCCAUUAGGCUCCAAGUUUGUCCUGUCAGCCAUUCAUUCAUUUCGGUCAUACUAUGGGGUGAACUUUAGUUGCAAAUAUUUCAUUUCUCUCCCCCAUUCUGCUGACACUGAGAGGUGACGGGGUCCUCUGGUGUAGAAUUGUCAUAGUCCUUCGUUACAAGGAAACCACAGCACAGAGCAGAUGCUCAGGGUUUGGUCCUGCAUCCCUGUUGGGAAACUGGAAACACCAGCAAUUGAUUUUGUUUGUUUGUUUGUGUUUGUUUUUUUACUUUUUGUUGUUGUUUAUUUUUUGUUAAAUAUAUCAGAAAAUAGAAUCCAUAAAGAGUAUCUUAGUUCUUACGUAUGUGUAUGUUAAUACUAUAUAUAAGCAUUAUAGAUGGCAGUAUAUGAAUGGGAUGUAACAAUGUCUUGAUUAUUUAAAAAAAAAAAAAAAAGAAAAAAUGAAGUAUAAAAGUCCAUGGCUGAUGAGUUUGAGCCCAAGUGCAGCGAGAUGAAAGCUGCAGCGCUUGUCUGUACAGACAGAAAUCAGACUCAAGUGGAGCUGAGUGAGUAAUGUAAUGCUGGAAGGCCAAUCCCUGGCAGCUGCCCAUCACUGCUGGACUUCAGAAGUGCUAACUGCUACCUUGAAGCAGUGGGAUUUCAUUCUGGUCUGCAAGGCUCUCCACUCCUUCAGCCUGUCUUAAAAACCACAAUCCUUAUCCUGCUUUUGAUGAGCACCAUUUGCUGGUGUAACGAGAUGCUAACUGGACCAUGGAAAGGACCGUGGGGUCACAUCGUACAAAAAUGUAAUGAAAAGGUGAAAGGGUACGUUCAUUCUGAAUUUCUAAGACACUUCGCUGUGGCAAUAGUAUUCUCAAGAAAUUUCAUCUUAAUCUUAGUGGCUCCUUUCAAACCUGCUCUCUUUGCAGUGAUCAUUUCUGUUUUACUUAAGUGGUGCUUUUUUUGGAUUUGUUUUGUAUUUGGGCAGAGUCACAUUUAAAACAUGACUGCAUCGAGGUAUUCACAUCACCAUUAAGCCUUUGAUAAAUGAAAUCGUUUUGAACACACGGGGAAAUUCUUGUAAGCUUUAUCUGAAUUAUUUCCAAUGUAUCUAUUUUAUUCAUAUAAUCUUGGAGGUUUUCUUACUCUAGUGUAUGAAAAUGGCUGUCUGUGCGUUUGAGUCUGUGCAAUACAAAAAAACUACUCCUAAUAUCUGAAAUGCAAACAGUUUGAGAAAGACCGUAGUGUUGCAUUAAUAUUCCUGUAAAGCACUGUUACUCUUACAAGCCAUUCAGUUGAAUUUGUAUUUUCAUUUUGUGUUGGAAGACAGAUGGUUUUAGUAUUGCAUAGUAAAAUAUUUAAAGUCUAA